AUGUCCGAUUCGUGCAUCUCGCUGUCGGGCUCAACGCAAUGCCCUGCGUUCAAUGGCUCCUCGAUCUCCACAAACUCCGACCUUCACAAUGAUUUUCCAUUUUUGCGAAACGUCUCGAACCUAGAAGACUUCGACACGGCACUGCACAGCUACGUACUGGGGUCGUACAUUCAGAACAAAUAUGCUGUCUACCUGGGAUGUCAAGGAGAUCUCACCAAUACUAGCGAAUACUAUGCGCGCUAUACCACAAGCGCCAUUUGCAGUGGCCUAGUUCAAAGCUCCGCGACUGACUGCGAUUUAUCGUCCGAGCAAACACGACCACUCUGUGCCGAAGAUUGCGCAUCAAUGGCUUCCAGUGAGGAGGAGAUUGCGGUUAACGACGAGCUUUGUCCCGAUCGACGAAACGACUAUCUCAGCCAGGUCCGCUCAGAUUUCUCCGUGUGUAUUGGGCCCAACGGCACCCUCGACACAUCGUGCAUAAGAGGCGCAGACAAUGAACCCAAUGAAUGCGGCUACCGAUCGAAUCUUCUAGGGCUUUGCAGCUUUUGCGCAUCUAGCACCACCAACUCCACGGAUUCUUGUUGUAUAAAUGCAAAUGCAGCGACUCGAUGCAAAGGUGUCGACAUCCCAACGCCAUCCACCUCGUUUAUCCCCAUAUAUACAUCUGAUUCGCCUUCCGACAGCGGCUCGGGUGGUGGCUUAUCCGGUGGCCAGAUCGCGGGUAUCGUUAUAGGUUCCGUUGCCGGUUUCGCGCUUCUAGCUGCUCUGAUAGCGUUUGGCUUGAUCUACUACUGUCGACGGAAACGUGAGUCUGGGGAUGACAGUUCCUUGAACAAGCCGAAUCCCCAGAGAAAAGGUUCUCCAAUGCAGCAGCCUGAGAGCCCGUCCUUCGCCGCGCCAGGACGUGUUGCGAGGAUGUCUGCAUUACGUGAGGCUCCAAGCCACUCUCCUCGUUCCCGCAACUCGGGCGCGUUCUUUGGUAGUGCCAAGUAUGGUAGUGAUUCUUCCGACUCGGAAGGAUUUGCAAGCCCCGGGGCCAUGCACAAGAAGAUUCCACCCACAACCGGAAAACGCCAAGGUUCCCUCUCGAGUAACUCUGCCCUGGCAGGUGCGGGUAGCGAUACCUCUCCGCGCUCGGGUACGAUCGGGCACUACUCUUCUCCAGAAGGCUUGACCAGUGGGCAAUCUGAACAGCUAUCAUCUUUCCAAGACUACUACUCUCAGGAUGACAUUCAUCCCGGCGAUAAGGUUGCAGUACUCUGGGCUUAUCAACCGCGGGCGGGUGACGAGUUUGGCUUGGACCGUGGUGAAAUAAUUAAGGUGAUAGGUAUUUGGGAUGAUGGAUGGGCGACGGGUGUUCGCGUCCCCGAGACUGCAGAAGAGUACGAGGCUAGACAUCGGGAACAACGUGACAGUGGUUUUUCAAAUCGAUCUCAGAGGACGUCCCCAGCCCUGUCGGGUGAGAUCAAAGCAUUCCCGUUGGUUUGCGUUUGUCUCCCUCAACAUUGGAGCAAAAUCAUUGAUGGUGGACAAGAAGAUGACGGCCCCUGA